GAGAUUUGUCCUUACCAAGAUGAGAGUCAUUCCAAAAGGAGCUUUCGCAGGACUUACUGACCUAGAGAAAAUAGAGAUCUCACAGAAUGACGCCUUGGAGGUCAUAGAAGCAAAUGUGUUUUCCAGCCUUCCCAAACUACAUGAAAUAAGAAUUGAGAAAGCCAACAACCUCGUGCACAUUGAUCAAGGUGCCUUCCAACACCUUCCAAGCCUCAGAUAUUUGUUAAUAUCAAACACUGGCCUACGGGUUUUAUAUUAACCUAAGAAGGACAGAACAGAUGUUUUGCUAGAUAUUCAAGACAAUAUCAAUAUACGUGCAAUCGAAAGAAAUUCAUUCAUGGGCCUGAGUUCUGAAAGUGUUAUUCUCUGGCUGAAUAAAAAUGGAAUUCAGGAAAUUGAGAAUCAUGCAUUUAAUGGAACGUACCUGGAUGAGCUAAAUCUAAGUGAUAAUUACAACCUAGAAAAAUUACCAAAUGAGGUCUUCCAUGGAGCCAGUGGGCCUGUUGUUUUGGAUAUUUCAAGCACGAAAAUUAGUUUCCUGCCAAGUCAUGGAUUAGAACUCAUUAAGAAGCUAAGAGCAAGGUCUACAUACAACUUAAAAAAGCUUCCUGAUUUAAGCAAGUUUAGAUCUUUGAUUGAGGCAAACUUCACCUAUCCUAGCCAUUGCUGUGCAUUUACAAACUGGAAAAGACAAAACACCGAAUUAUAUCCAAUAUGCAGCAUAUCUCAGGCCAAGCAAGACCUUGAUGAGCAGCCUGGCAAAACGAUAGAGAGACAAUCUGCAGCUGAAGAUUAUAUUCCCAACUAUGGCACAGGAUUUGAUCCAACAGAGAACGAAUUUGACUAUGGAUUAUGCAAUGAAGUAGUUAACGUAGCUUGCUCACCUAAACCCGAUGCUUUCAAUCCGUGUGAAGAUAUCAUGGGAUACAACAUUCUGAGAGUUCUGAUAUGGUUUAUCAGCAUUUUAGCUAUCACCGGGAACAUUGUUGUCCUCAUUAUUUUAAUAAGCAGUCAAUACAAACUCACUGUACCUCGCUUUCUAAUGUGCAAUCUUGCAUUUGCAGACCUCUGCAUAGGUAUCUAUCUGUUGUUUAUUGCAUCUGUAGAUAUCCAGACCAAAAGCCAGUAUUACAACUAUGCCAUAGAUUGGCAAACUGGGGCAGGAUGCAAUGCUGCAGGAUUUUUCACAGUGUUUGCAAGCGAACUCUCAGUCUACACACUGACCGUGAUCACUCUGGAAAGGUGGCACACCAUCACCUACGCCAUGCAACUGGACCGCAAGGUUCGAUUGCAUCAUGCUGUAAUUAUCAUGAUUUUUGGCUGGAUGUUUGCUUUUGUAGUAGCACUUCUCCCCAUAUUUGGAAUCAGCAGCUACAUGAAAGUCAGCAUCUGUUUGCCCAUGGAUAUAGAAACACCAUUUUCUCAGGCUUAUGUUAUAUUUCUUCUAGUUUUGAAUGUACUCGCAUUUGUAAUUAUAUGCGUCUGCUACAUCUGCAUCUACUUUACUGUAAGAAACCCUAACGUCAUCUCUUCCAACAGUGACACCAAGAUUGCCAAGCGCAUGGCCAUACUGAUCUUCACAGACUUCCUCUGUAUGGCACCAAUAUCUUUUUUUGCAAUAUCAGCCUCACUCAAGGUUCCGCUCAUCACAGUGUCCAAAUCCAAGAUCCUUCUGGUUUUGUUUUACCCCAUCAACUCUUGUGCCAACCCUUUCCUCUAUGCCAUUUUCACAAAGACAUUCCGCAGGGAUUUCUUCAUUUUGCUGAGCAAGUUUGGUUGCUGUGAAAUGCAAGCACAGAUUUACAGAACAGAGACCUCCUCAUCUGCUCAUAAUUUCCACACAAGAAAUGGCCAUUGCCCUCCUGUAUCAAAAACCAGCGAUGGCACUAUUUAUUCAUUGGUUCCUCUGAAUCGCUUGAACUGA